AUGGCGGAUGACAAGGAUUCUCUUCCCAAACUUAAGGAUCUGGCAUUUCUCAAGAACCAGCUGGAGCACCUGCAGCAGCGUGUGGAAGACGAAGUCAAUAGUGGUGUGAGCCAGGAUGGCUCGCUCCUGUCCUCCCCGUUCCUCAAGGGCUUCCUGGCGGGCUAUGUGGUGGCCAAGCUGAGGGCCUCAGCAGUACUGGGCUUUGCCGUGGGCACCUGCACUGGCAUAUAUGCAGCUCAGACGUAUGCCGUGCCCAAUGUGGAGAAAACCGUGAGGGACUAUCUUCGGUCGCUGCGCAAGGGGCCCAACUAG